UGGAAUGAGUUUUACGGAUUUUCCAUUCAAGUCAGCGAUCACUGGCUGCACAGUCAAGGAUAAAGACAGACGUAUAAAUAACGUGCAGAAAGAUGAUAGUUCAUUGGAGGGUCAUUAUACCGAUAGUACUGAGACCUCAGAUAUGGUUUUAACCGAUCAUCACAGUGGAGUGUAGAAGAAUCCAUCAAGUGGUUCAUGUAUCAUUAAAAAAUAACCGAUGAAAAAUGAUUUUUUUUGUUAUCGUGGGUCUUGUCAUGAGCAAUUCAGCUCAAAUAAUCGCACAGCUUGAUGGAUCUGAAUGUGCGACUCCCGAUGGAAAACGGGGAUUUUGCAUUAAUAUUAAAAAAUGCGAAGUCCUGGUGAAUAUUCUCAGACAAUCUGGCCACCCCACGAGUGAAGAUUUCGAUAUGUUGAGAAGAUAUAAUUGUGGAUUUGAACGUCUUGACCCAAAAGUCUGUUGUCCGCAAGUGAAGGUGAAUACUCCGUCCACGACACCUCCAAUCCCCCAAACUCCAGAGACUUCUUCAGGAAUAACUCAUCCCAAUGUGAGACUUGUGAAUCAGAAUAUCUGUGGACCAGUGGCAGAACGGAAAAUCGUAGGAGGAAAUAGAACUGGGGUGUUGGAUUACCCUUGGAUGACUCUAAUCGCGUAUAACGAUUCGAGAGCGAAAUGGAAAUGUGGAGGAUCUGUAAUUAAUAAUCGUUACAUACUGACAGCCGCACACUGUCUCACAGCACUUCCUCCAGGUAUUGUUCCCGUGAGUGUACGCGUUGGAGAACAUGAUUUGCGAACCGAGAGGGAUUGCAAUAAAGCUCCGGAAGGUGUAGAGCCGGAAUGUGGAGAGCGUUAUCAAGACUUCAUGAUCGAGGAGAUGCAUUUUCACUCGGGAUACAAGGGGUUGAUAUCAGAGGACGAUAUCGGACUGAUCAGAGUUGAUUCUCCAAUAGAUCUUCGUCCAGCCAACGUGCGACCGAUUUGUCUGCCCAUCGGGGAUGGGGCUAGACACAAUCAGCAGACGGGGAUCGUGACUGGAUGGGGUGUCACAGAGAGUGGUUACAGGUCCCAGGAACUCCUCCAGGUGAGGGUUCCACUGAUAACGAAUGAGGAAUGCGCGAAGGCGUAUAGUCCAGCCCGAAAAAUCAGUAACAAACAAUUGUGCGCUGGAGGCAGUGAACACAAGGAUUCGUGUAAUGGAGAUAGUGGAGGUCCUUUGCAAAUACCAGCGAUAUUUAAUAAAACUGAUAUAAAGUAUGUGCAGUAUGGAAUCGUCAGCUGGGGACCCAGAAUCUGUGGAGUUAAGGGAUAUCCUGGGGUUUACACAAAAGUUAAUUAUUACGUUGACUGGAUUCUUGAUCAUUUGAAGGAAUUCUGGAUUCAAUUGCGCUGUCUCCUGCGGUGGAAAUUGGUUUUAUUAAAAAUGAUUUUCCUUGUGUUUGCAUUUUUAAUAAUAAAUUCAACGAUUGCAACUGCAGGAGAUUCUUGUGAGACUCCGGAUGGGAACGCUGGGAUGUGCAUUGAUAUCAAGGAAUGUGAUGUUAUUGGACGAGCUUUGAAGUUACCUGGACAUCCGACGAGGGAAGAUGUGGACAUGCUGAGGAGAUCUCGUUGUGGAUUCGAUGGGUCUCAGGCCCGAGAAUUUAAAAUCUGUUGUCCUGGCUUGAGACCAGAGACUUCUUCGACUCAAUCGACGCCAAGUGUUACCCCAGCUAUAAAUCCUGAUCCAAUUUUAUCGUCUCGUUUUGAUGGAUCUGACGAUGGACAUGACCCGCGACCAGAUGUCACGACUCAUCGAAAUCUUCGACUCCUGGACCAGCAAAUCUGCGGUCCACUGAUUGAGGAAAAAAUAAUAGGCGGUAAAAAGACUGGACUCUUCGAUUACCCCUGGAUGGCUCUCAUCGCUUACAAAGUUUAUAAUAAUUAUAUAGAAUUUAAAUGUGGCGGAUCUGUUAUUAAUAAUCGAUAUAUCCUGACAGCUGCCCACUGUGUCGCUCAGCUUCACCCAAGUCUCACUCUGGUAGGAGUCCGCGUUGGAGAGCACGAUCAGCGAACAGAAAAAGACUGCAGUGAAUCCCUAGAUGGAACAACAAUUUGUGCAGAGAGUUAUCAAGACUUUGGAAUUGAGGAAAUUCACUAUCACUCAGAAUAUAAGAAAUCAAUUCUCCAGAAUGACAUAGGACUGAUAAGAGUGGAUUCACCGAUAGAUUUCAAUCCGAGAAAUUCAAGACCAAUUUGUCUGCCCAUUGGUGAUGCCGCUGCGAAUAAUCCAGCGAAAUUCAUCGUGACUGGAUGGGGAAAGACGGAGUUCGGAACCGGAAGUCCGGAUCUUCUUCAUGGAAGGCUCACUGCUAUUUCUAAUGAGGAAUGCCAACGAGCGUAUAAAAAAACCAAGGAGAUCUGGUACAAGCAAAUGUGCGCUCAAGGUAGUCAAUUUUCGUGCCUGGGUGACAGUGGAGGACCUCUUCAAGCUCCUGCAAUUUAUAAUAAAACUUCUGUGAAAUUCGUGCAGUAUGGAAUUGUUAGUUUUGGAACUAGCGACUGUAACGUGCCAGGAUAUCCUUCAGUGUACACCAGAAUUUUGUAUUACACGGACUGGAUUCUUGACCGUUUGAAGGAAUGAUUGGUCCCAUCAAUGGGUCUAUUUAUUUUGAGGCGAAUGACAUGAUGACCAAUGACAAACGUCAACAGACACCAUUAGCGAAACAGAUUCCUCUACCUGAUUUCAAAAAUAUUCCUCAAAUAAUUCCUUUCGUCCAUAAAUUAAUUAGGAAUUGGAGUUAUAUUUAUUUAAU